CCAAUGAGUGCUUAGGACAACACAAAGACAGCAACAAUGAUAGCUUUGCUGCUGCUGCUGGCGCUGGUCGCUCACACCUCUGCACUGCCUCUGCCGUCUGAGAACAAAGACAACUGGCUUCAAGCAGAGAAAUACCUCCGUCGCUUCUAUGGUCUUCCAGCCGGUCUUCAGGGGAGACAGGGGACAUCAGGCGCCUUCAAGACCAAGAUCAAGGAGAUGCAGAGUUUUUUCAAACUCAAGGUGACAGGGAAUCUGGAUGACAACACGCUGGAGUUUAUGAAUCUGCCCCGAUGUGGCGUCCCGGACAUCGGGGAGUACAACCACUUCCCUCGAGACCUCAAAUGGCAAAAUAACAACGUCACAUUCAGGAUCCUGAAUUACACACCAGAUCUGGCGAAGUCUGACGUUGACAGAGCCAUUCGCACUGCGCUGAACAUUUGGUCUGAUGUCACGCCUCUGACCUUCAAGAAGCUGCAGAAUGGCAUCGCUGACAUUAUGAUCAGUUUUGGGUCAAAAGAGCAUGGAGACUACAACCCUUUUGAUGGGCCUGAUGGUCUGCUGGCUCACGCCUACCCACCGGGCCAAGGCAUCGGAGGAGACACUCACUUUGAUGAGGAUGAACACUGGACCAAAGAUUCAUCCGCCUACAACCUGUUUAUAGUGGCAGCCCACGAGUUGGGCCACGCCCUCGGUAUGUCCCACUCCACAGACGCCGGUGCCCUGAUGUAUCCCAUCUAUUCCUACAGCACAGGCUUCGUUCUGGCUGAGGAUGACAUCAAAGGCAUUCAAGCUCUCUACGGUCCAAACCCAGACCAAAAGAAGGUGAAGCCAAAGCCUGAUGCACCAGACAAGUGUGACCCCAUGUUGAGUUUUGAUGCUACCACAGAACUCAGGGGGGAGACCAUCAUCUUCAAAGACAGAUUCUACUGGCGUCUCCAUCCUCAGAUGCCUGAGCCUGAACAGACUCUGAUCCAGUUCACGUGGCCCUCCCUCCCCAACAAGGUGGACGCAGCUUACGAGAACCCAGAGAAGGACAUGGUCAUCAUAUUCAGUGGGAUCCGAAUGUGGGCUUUGAACGGAUACAACCUCGUGGAUGGUUACCCCAAAUACAUCCACAAACUCGGCCUCCCCAAAACCGUGAGGAAAGUGGAUGCGGCCGUUCACAUCAAAGGCACGGGCAAGACUCUGCUCUUCACUGACGAGGAGUACUGGAGCUACGAUGAAGCAACAGGCACCAUGGACAGCGGCUACCCACGAACCAUUGAGGACGAUUUUCCUGGAAUGGAUGACGAGGUUGAUGCUGCUCUUUAUCAACACGGAUACUUGUAUUUCUUCCAUGGUCACGUGCAGUAUGAAUACAGCUACACCGCAAGGAAGGUCAUACGCAUCAUGUGGACCAACUCCAUUCUCAACUGCUGAUGAGGCGGUGUGCGACUGGCCUACCAUGGCAUAGAAAUAUCGAUAAAUAUAGCUGGCUAUAUGGCAAGAAACCAACACAACAUACACAAACAUUUAGACAUGUUGAAAUGAGACAUAGGAAGACGCAGUCCAGUGAAUGAGCAGGGAAAUGGACACGUGCAGUGAACACAUGAAAAUUCUUUAUUUCCACUAGUGCUGGACAUACGUCAGCUCAUGUAAAGUGCCAGAAAGACUCCUGGAAUAUUAAUUUUUUAUGUAUAUUUCCUAAUAUUUCCUAUUUAUUUUACAAAUCUAUUUGUACAAUGGACGCCAGACUGUGGACAGGGUUCAUCAGUGACUGUGGGUCUGGCUGAUCUGACCUGUGAGGUCAAUAUUUGACCUUUUGUUACACUAAUAUAUUAUUAUUUUUAACAGAUAGAGCUCAGCAGGUGAAUACAAACUGUACUUGUCCUGGGACUUUUGUAAGAUAGGGGAAAGUGAAUCUGUAACAAUGACAUCACUGUUAAAGAGCCUGUGUUGUCAUUUGAAAGAUUGAAUUUGAAGUAGCACUGAAAGAUUUCUGUGAAUUUUAUUGUCGGUAAUUUCAAAAGUGUAUAUAUAAAUAAAAACGCUCCAU